UGCCUCUCUUCUCUCAAACACACACACACUUGACUGGAGAAGUCUGAAAGGGUCACGCGCAGUGCAGGCGAGCAGAGAGGACACAAACUGUAGACAUUUCAGGAUACUUGUCCCCAAACACUGACUCAGAUAUGGAGCAGGAGGAUCUGAUUGAAAGGGACCUGACCCUGACUGUGCUGCUCCCAGAGGGACACGAGAGAACGGUUACAGUGCACGGCAGUAAACCAGUGAUGGACGUGCUGGUCAUUCUGUGCGCCCGGUACCACCUGAACCCCUCAGACCAUGUGAUUGAGCUUUUUUCCACAAAUCAAAACAAGCUCAAAUUCAAGCCCAGCUCUCUGAUUGGCUCUCUGGAAGCUGAGCUCAUUGUACUUAAACCUAAAGGAAGUGACAACAGAAAGGCCCCGAACAUGCCUGUGGCCACAGUGCGUCUGUUGAUAAACUACAGGAAGUCCCAUAAGGCUGUAGUGCGAGUCAGUCCCAGAGUUCCCCUGGCCGAGUUAAUGCCAGCUGUGUGUGAUAAGUGUGAGAUGGAUCCAAAAACCACUGUGUUGUUGAGAGACAGCCAAUCAGAAGAGCCGCUGGAUCUGACGAAAACGCUCAACGACUAUGGCAUCAGAGACCUGUAUGCGAAAGCUGUUUCAAGUUCUCCAACUGACCAAGCAACACUGACUCAUACUCAUAAAGAUUGCAAGAAGGACAAAUUGGCGAUGCAGGAGAAAGUCCUGGGAGAGAAAGAGAACAGAGGAUUACUCAGCUUGUUUAGGAGAAGCAAGAAAUCAGCUGAAGAGACUGCUAGCAACACCAACACCAUCAGCACUGCCACAUCUCUGGUGCUGAAAGAUGAGCAUGCAAACAAAAAGGGCUGUUCCAAAGCAAACUCCGCCACGUCCAUGGCGUCCUCCGAAAUGCCCAAGAAGAGAAGGGCGCCUCAGCCUCCCAGCAUGCUCGGCUCCCAGAGCGUCUCCUGUGAACGGAACUCUAGUCAACAAGCCACACUGCCGUCCACCGAUAAUGAAAAACAGGGUGUGCUGAGUCGCGUCUCGUCCACCGAGUCAUCUCUCAAGAGGAACAAACGCAGAGCUCCGCCCCCUCCAUGCACAAGCCCCUCCCUGCCAGACACUUCUGAUAAAGAAAGGUCAUAUAGAGGAUCUUUUGUAGAGGACGCUGAAGAGGACAACUCUACUGAAGCCAGUUUCAACCAAUCAAGCAAUUUUAAAUCAACCUGCUUGUCCGGCCCAUCAUCCCCCCUAAUUACAGAGGUCCUGUCUGAAUUUAUUGACAGAAUGAAAACCAUGGAGCAGGAAGACGUCUCAUUUGAUCGGUCUGUCACAUAUUCACCUCCAGCAUCGACCAGUCCUGCAGUGUCUGGAUCUCUGGAUGGUGAUCCUGUGGUGCCCCCUGGCUGUGAGCUGCUGAGACACGGCUCUCAGAGAGACGGCCUCACCACCUUCACUGUGGUGCCGAUUAGAAGACCGCAAUGCAAGAGACAAUACGAGGUUCUCCUCACGAUGGAGACUUUGGAGACGAUUAAUGGAGAUACAGGAGGAAAUCUGGAGGAAAGUAGUUCAGAAUACAGAGAGCUUGAGAAGAUAGAAAUGAGUACAAAGGAGAUAGUGAUGCUUGAAAGAACAGAUGCUGAAUUUGAGAAUGAAUUAGAAUUACAGGAAACAAAUAAAGAGCUGGGUAUCACAGAAGCAUAUGGGAAAUUAAAUUUGAACAUAGAUGCAGAGAAACACCUCCCAGAGGACAGAGACAGGAUGGAAGAUCAAGACGGGAGAGACUGGAUAGAGUUGUACAGAGAAAGGAGAAGGAGAUUUCUAAGCAAUGAUGACGAUGAUCAUGAUGGGAAAGAAGCAAAAGUAAAGUCAUCUAGAAAAGUGUUUAAUGAAGAAAUGGUGGAUGAUGUUCCACCACCACCACCACAACGUCCUGUAUGCUGGGAAGGGGAAGAUACUGAGACACAGAAUCUAGAGGAAACUGAGAGUUUUGGGAAAGAGGAAGCUGAGGAAGUCAAAACGGCAGACACUUUCACUAUCCAAAACCCAAAUCCCUCCAGAUAUGACCCUCAGCACGACCCUACAUCUAACCCCGUAUAUACCCGAGACCCCGACCGGGAUGUAAAUCUUUCCUCUAAUCGCCACUCCUCCAACUCUGACACACCUUUCACAAGCUCUUCCCAAUCCAAUCCUCAUAAUCACCAACACAACUCAGUUCAGUCUAUGUUGCCCCAUGUCUCAAAAUCAAAACUCAACCCCAGCUUUGAGCUUUCUUCUCCAAACUCGGCAUCUCUAUUUGCUUUGGCUGUCUCCCGGAGAGUUCAGAGUCUUGGAAAUGGCGUUUGUCCUUUAAUUCCAUCUGCAAGAAGGAUCAGCUCUCCAACUCCGCAUCCUCAAAGUGUCGGUUCUCAACACACUUCUUCUCAAAAGCUCUAUUUCCAAAACCUGAUCUCGCAAGAGUUCAUUUCUAAGAUUCCAGUGUCCCUAGGUCCCUGCAAUGAAGCCCCGCCCAUUUCUACAGCUCCGCCCUCUGUCUUGACAACUCGGGCAAGGAGGCAGGCCUGGAGUUCCUUUUCACGCACAAAGUUGAAGAAUUUGGAGCAAGUAUGAAGAUCUGGGUUGAGAUGAAGCUUUAACACAUCACAUUUUGUUGUUUUGGAAAUGUAAAGAAGUGCAGGCUUGUAUUAUAUCAUUAAUUAGUUACAUUUUGAUUUUGAUGCCUUUAUUACUAUAUUAUUUUUAUUUUAUAUUGAACUCUAUUCUUUAUAUAAUUGGUAUAAUCUUGGUAAAUGACAUAAAUUGUCAAACAAUUAGGAAAUAUCUAAUCAAAGUAGUGAUAUUUUUGUUUUGUAUGUAAAUGAAACAUUCUAAGCAUCUGGUUUUGUAUCUCUCUUUAUUUUAAGCAGGAAUUCAGCUACACACUUAUAAAAAAAAAAUUAUUCACACUCUAGGAUUCAGUCCAAUUUUCUACUCUCUGCUAUGCUUAUGGUUUUUAAAAAUAGCCAAAGGAUACAUAUAAAUGUACCCCCUGUGCUGUAUUUGAAAUUUAAAUGAAAAUAAUGUAAGUUGAGUUGAAUUCAGGAGCGGAGGCAUUUUUUUUUUUCUUUCUUUCUUUUUCUUUUUUUAAUGCUCUAAGCAAGAUUCAGUAAUGUGUUUGGUUUCUAUGCAGCAAAACAUGUUUGCUCUCCAAAAUGCCCCAAGACACAAAACCCUUCUACAUACAUGUUUUAUAAAUAAGAAAAUACAGUAGAAAUCAAAGCUCAGAUUGCUAUAUUGAGCUGCUAAUGAUGGUGUGCAAGCAGUAUCGUUUAAACCCAGUGAAGAAGAAACCAAGCAUCCAGAAGAUGAUUUUGUCCACAAGAAUAAACCAUAGCAUUUUGUUCAUUCACUCAAGUUUUACUGUCUAGUCUCUUACAAACAAGGGUUUCAC